ACUAUUUAUUAAGAGCUUUUGGAGACUUGUGUUAGAGCUUGUACUGAAGGAGCUAAAUCAAUAGAACAGUGCCCUCAUACUUCUAAACACUGAAAAGAACUCGAGAGAAAUGGCUGCACUGAAAAUAAUACUUUGGAUUCUACUCAGCUUGUCCUAUACUUUGGCAGAGGAUUAUGAAGACAUACAAUAUAUUCAUGGAAUGGAAAAUAAAAUCUCUGUUUUACCGGAUGGUUCCUGUAAAUGCCAGAAAGAGCUCACUAAAUGGGAUAAGCUAUUUGUAAUGCUGGAGGAUUCCCAAAUGAAACAGAACAUCCUACAACAAUCCAUUGGAGAAGUGUGUAAGAUAGAAUUGCAAAGUGUAUAUUCAGAAAUGCACCAAUUCAUAGCCAACUUUGCAGGGACUUAUACAGAUGCCAUUGAUAAUGCAAUUUUGCGUAUCACAACAGAAAUGGACAAGAAAUUGGCAUACACAUUGAAAGAAGUCGGAGAAAUCAAUAUAGAGAUUGAGUCAGAGAAGAAAAAUAUACUUCAUCAACUUCUUUUGGUGAGUCAAGAUCUGUCCAACAGACUCAAAAGGCUGGAGAUGACUUGGCAAAGGGCAGUGGACAUAAAGGAUCAAUGGUUGUCACUUGACAUUAAGAGAAGAGUUCCUGUAACCCAGGACACUGCGCUGAAUUCUUUGGCAACUGAACAGCAACAAUCUAAAGCUGAACUGACAGGAUGUCCAAAUUGGUCAACUAAACACAUCUUACCAUCAGGUUGUGACAUGGCACUGAUCUUCCCUAUGCGCUCCAAGAAGAUUUACGCAAGUGUUCAUGCUGAUGAUAUGACUCUAAGCUCAUUUACAUCCUGCAUAUGGAUAAAAGCAACUCAUCUGUUGGACAAAACAAUUGUGUUCUCCUACGGAACAAAGAGAAAUCCCUAUCAAAUUCAGCUAUACUUCAAUGAGUCCUCCGCUGUGUUCUCUGUGCACAGUGACACAAGCAAAAUUGUUGCUGAAAAUGUCGUCUUCCUUGGUCAAUGGGCACACCUCUGUACAACAUGGAGUGCUGAAAACGGAAAUGCAACACUUUGGGUGAACGGAAAACUUGCAGCUGCUUCCUCAGGAAUAGCUGUUGGCCAGAAUAUCCCAAACGGAGGACUACUGCAACUGGGUCAAGAAAAGAAUGGUUGCUGCACUGGAGGUGGCUUUGACAAAAGUUUAGCCUUUACAGGAAAGUUGACUGGGUUCAAUAUCUGGGACAGAGUCAUUUCCAAACAUGAAAUACAAGCCUUGACAAGUAGGGAUGAUUCCUGCAGCAUUAGAGGGAAUGUUGUUGGCUGGAGUGUCACAGAAAUUCUGCCACAUGGAGGAGCUGAAUUUAUUUACUAUUAAAAUUCAUUUUUAAUUCCAAAUGAACAUGCUCAAAGAAUGGAUUUCAAAUUGUUAACAUUAAUUCUAUGAUGUUCAAUCAUGAGAAACAAACGCGAAUUUAUAUUACAAAAUUCUCUAGGUUGAACUCCAAGGUGAACUUUGUAAUAUAAAUCUCCCACAAUAGCACACUUGUACAGUAAUUUCCAAUCUCCCAUUUACAUGGCAUUAAGACACAUAUGCCAGUCUGUUACCAUUGAUUCAAUUUGGUUCAUUGUUUUUGUUUGCAUGUACCAACAAUUGUGAUAUUACAAUAUUGUCAUCCCUGAAGCUUGGACAGCUGGGAUUUUAAGAUUCAAUAUCUAUAACUCUAAAACAAAGGACAUCUGUUUCUUCUUUACUCCUAGAGUGGUCUGAUGAGACUCACUUGAGGAACAAGGACAAAUAUAGUUUUCACAUAAAUUUAAACGGAAUUGAGACAGUUAACAUUCUCAAAUUCUUCUACUUUACAAUGUAAUGCAAGUAUGUGUAUGGUUACAUUCAUUUAAUGAAAAAUAAUUGAUUAGCAAGACGUAUUAAAGGAAGAAACCAUUCUACAAAGGAAAGAUAUUGCUCAACAUGCAAGAAAUAAUAACUAAGUUACAAUGCUUUACUAUUCAUAUCAAUUCUGUAUUAUACACAGUAAAAGUCUUCUGCUAUCAGUCAUUUAAGUAUUCUAUCAUGAAGAGUCUAAUUUUAUAAUAAACUGCUGUUAAACAAUA